CUUGCUUCCUUCCCCCAUCUCUUACCUGUGAAACGUUCAUCUUUUUUUGGGAUUGCUUUAAAAAAAAAAAAAAGGGAUCAGGGCCAUUUGAGGAAAGCUUUGAGACUACCACCCACGGGGAAGCUCUGCAUGCAUGUGCUUCACUGAUUGAUCCAUUUCUCUGGAUUGAGUGCUGCCUGGCUGUGCAGCUGCUUUUCCCCUCACACAGGAGUGAGCGCUGAGGACUGGUGCUGUGCCGUGGUUUAAUUGGUAAAUGGAACAAGGCGUCACCAUGCAGCAAGAAGCUGAACCAAACAUUUUAAAAUACCAUACAUUUUUGGACUCGUGGAUUGAUGUCCGAGUCAGGGACUACCCACUGAUGCAAGAACCCAUAAAGAUGACCAGCAUCCUGAUAGCCUAUGUUAUCUUCUCAAAAUGCAUUGGCCCUCGCAUUAUGGCAAACCGUAAGCCCUUCCAUCUCAACAUGGCCAUGAUAGUCUACAACCUCAGCAUGGUUUUACUGAACGCCUUCGUGGUGUACGAGUUCCUCGUUGCUGGCUGGGCCACCACCUACACGUGGAGAUGUGACCUUGUUGACAAGUCAACCAGCCCAAUGACUUUCCGAAUGAUUCGAGUGUGUUGGUUGUUUUUUAUUUCAAAAUUCUUCGAACUCUUUGACACAGUGUUCUUUGUGCUGAGGAAGAAGCAAGGCCAGAUCACAUUUCUCCACGUGUUCCAUCACUCCUUCAUGCCCUGGACGUGGUGGUGGGGCGUCACCCUGACCCCUGCUGGAGGAAUGGCCACCCUCCAUGCCAUGGUGAAUGCAGCCGUCCACGUAGUCAUGUACUUCUACUACCUACUCUCCGCUGCUGGACCUCGCUUCCAGAAAUUCCUGUGGUGGAAGAAGUACAUGACUGCCAUUCAGCUUAUACAGUUCGUUCUGGUGUCCAUUCACAUCAGCCAAUACUACGUCAUGGAGAAGUGCGACUACCAGGUUCCGAUGUGGAUCUACCUGAUUUGGAUGUAUGGCGUCUUCUUCUUCCUCCUCUUCUCCAACUUUUGGAUUCAGGCCUACAUAAAGGGAAAGCGGCUUCCUGCCAUGGAGGAAAAGGCCAAACAGAACGGCGUAACCAGUGACGCUAUCUCCGUGGUGGCCAAUGGGAAACACCUGGAGAAUGGAAACGCGCACCACUACACCAACGGCAAAAUCUUCCUGGGAAAAGUAAAGGAAAUCUGACUCUCUAGAGCUACCUUUGAAAUGUCACUCGUAUCUAUAGCAUAUUGAAAUGGCACCAAUUUCAAUAUGUCACUUCUAAACUACGCAAUUUCUACAUAAAUCUACUCUUCUUAUGCACACUUGUCGGGAUCUGCGUUUUGGUGGUGAACUCCGCUUGCCACAUUGCGUUUGUUAGUCGUUGUGAAAACUAACUGUGAUAAACACUGUAUGGGAAUUGGUGCUUAUUUUGUCACGUAUAGUAAUCCUCAACUCAGGCUUGAUCCACACAAGUCUGAUCAACACUACUAUUUGGCUGGCACUGUUGCUCAGUUUCCACUGAAGACCAGCACACACACACACACACGCAACUUCGACAGACUUUGUCAAAACAAAGCUUUCAAUGUAAAUGUCAAAUAUUUAGUUUUGUUCUGUUUUUAUUUAUCUUUUGAAAUAAAACUUUUUUUAGAUAAAGGUCUGUCAUUUGGAAAGUAGUUAUGAUGUGCACUUUGUAAUUAACAUACACCUCAACUUUAAGAAUUGUGGAAAUGUGCUGUAUAUUACAUUAUACAUUUCUUUUGUUGCAAAAUUAGGUAGUGACAUUCACAUCGUUAUAUUAAUCCACUGAGUUCUGGAACACUGGCAUCUUCUCCCCUCACUGUGCGAGACCUGACUAGAAAGUACUUUUCCUUUUAAUUAUAAUUGAAUCAAGUGUGCUGUUUAUGAAUAUCACUGCAGUGUGUAUAUAUUGACCUUCCAGUGUUUUUACUGCCGUUCAUUACACAUGUGCACCGAUGACCGUUGAAGGGUGAUCUAGUUUUGAAGGACUGCUUUUAAAAAAUUGUAUCUGAUAUUUGCCACAAUGAAAAAGCUGUUUAUAUAUUACAAUCAAGCCUCAACGUUCACUAGAUCAACUUGUUUCUAAAUUUUAGAAAUAAAAUCUCUAAUUGUUUUGUAA